AUGCGCCAAGCUACUCAACACAGUCCAACGCGUGAAGAGCCCGAGAGACACACCAUAACCCUCUUCGAUGUCCUCCACAAUUCCUUAAUCCUCCGUACCAUUGCACCAUAUCUGCCUAUUAACAGUCUUCUGCAACUAUCGGCAUCAAACAAAGAGUUCCAAUCCCUUAUCUACAGCACACCUGGUGUUUUUCGUCACCUCGACUUGACUCACAUUAAAAGGGCCAAAUCCGAUGUACCCAUCGACAAUGGCGGUGAAAGAUGGCGCAAUGUUCAGCUACAUGAUGGUCUGACCGAGGAUGAGUACUACUCUUCCGGGCCGCUGGGAGGUAUUUUCAGCGUGCUCCGUCAGAAACACAUUCUGCAAGAUGUUCAGACUCUCGUCCUGGAUGGCAUGUCGGUAACGGCUGACUUGUGUUAUGCUAUCAUCAACGACGCAUCAUACAGCGUCCGCAUCUUGUCUAUACGGGAAGUAAGGAACUUGAACCAGGGCAAAUUGCGGGCGGCUUUGCAGUAUAGCUGUCGACCAGGUCGCCCAAAGAAUUCGCCUCGAGUCAAAGCUUUGUAUGUGUUUGGGCCCCAAGAGUCUACUCGGCGUGGGAUUCACAACAGCUCGUUUGGUCUGGGUUGGAACCACAAAAGCAAGCCGGCUCUUACUUGGUCAUUGGCACAAGAGGGCGAAGACUGGUGGUCAAAGAAGGGUCGCAUACUCACGCGCCGGAUCUCUCCGGAAUGGGUGAACUGCAUGGCAGCUUGUGCAGGACUCAUAGCAUUUGAUGCAGUCCUUUGUCAAGGGCCCCGGCAUGUCAACUCGCCUGUAUUUGGAUGCCCGUCGAUGCCUGCAGAUACUGCCCCGGCUGUAGCCUCGCACGCUUUGGGCGGCUGUGAUGGGUGCGGAAAGGCACCGGAAGGUCUACUAGCACAGGAUGCAUCCUCGCCUUUUAGUUUGCCGCUGCUCACUCCUCUCCCGAUCUUGACGUCUUCUGUUCAAUCAGCAACGCGUCCCACUCAGCGCGGCCUAUCCUUUGUGCCACGGUGUUUCGACUGCAUCCGGGAACGAUACUGCACCUGCUGCAACAAGUGGUGGUGUGAAUCGUGCUAUCAGCUCCCGGGACAUUCUCAGGACGUUGGCAUGAAUAGUUUUCUCGUGCUGGAUGAUGAUAGUGCGGCCAGUAUCGCCCAGAUACUGGAUAUGCAGGAGGCAGUAUCCAAGACCAAGUCCCGGGUGUCGAAAAGCUGCUGGGAAUGCGGCAAUAAUUGCGAUUCAUGCAUCACCAAAACUCAAAGAGUAUGCAACAAGUGCUGUGCCGGAUAUUGCACCGUUCACAACGAAGGUUCAUCCUCCGAAUUUUGCGAUUGGUGUGUCUCCCGCGGUCGUGGACUAGGACGACAGGAACCGAAAUCGACUGGCAUGAAGAAUGCACUGAGUGGUGUACCUACGUGUCUCACACGACGCAGAAUGAGGGAUGCUGUGACAAGACCACUUCUUUGA